AUGAAUCAGUACACUUUUGCUGUAGUCGUUUCUUUAUGUUAUGUCACGUUGACAGUAAGUUUUAUAGUGUCCAGUUGAAGCCUAAACUCUAAGUUAUAAGCUUAAACACUUAAUUCUGAGCUUAAACUUUAAAUAUUAAGAUCAGGCUGUGAAGUUUAAGCCUAAACAUAAAAGGUCGUAAAUAGAAAUUGUAAAUAAUUUUUUAUUUUUUUUUUCAGUUUGCUGCUAAAGAGCAAUUUACGACAGCACCACAAUGCAAGUGCAAAGACAUCGACGAGUGCUCCAAAGUGUUAAUGGAAAAGACAGCAAAGUGUAAAAAAAGGUAAAAUACGAUGAGAAGAAGUCAAUUGUGAAAAUCAAAAACCGGGCUAGAGCUAACUUUUCUUGAUAAAAAUGAAAAGGACAAUAACUUUCUUUACAAAAACACAAUUACAAAAGCUAAAAAAAUUUAAAAUGUCAUUUUAAGUGCGGAAUGUGAGCCCUACAUCAAGAAGAUCGGCAAUGCCAACAAGAUCCGUCAAUGUUUGGAAAAAGAACAACGAGACAUGGAUAAGUUAGAAAAGUGUGUCGAACGCAAAGCUGGCCCAAUCGGGUGCACUAACGACGCUCAUCCCAAAAACUUGACUAUCCCAGUCAUGAAGGAGAUGACUGAAGCUGAGGUCAAGGCUGAGGUCUCCAAAAUGCCUUCCGUAAGAUUUUUUUGACCCUACCCUACUCUACCCUACCAUACCCUACCCUACCCUACUCUACCCUACCCUACCCUACCCUACCCUACCCUACCCUACCCUACCCUACCCUACCCUACCCUACCCUACCCUACCCUACCCUACCCUACCCUACCCCACCCUACCCUACCCUACCCUAACCUACCCUUUUCUACCCUGCCCUAAAAACUACAACUUUUUAAACUUGCCAUACCCAAAGAACAAAAAGGCUACAGUGCAGCCAUCAAUACGUUACAUAUGUUCUCCUUCUCCAUCCCCCCUUACUUUAACUGUUUCACAAAGGUCUAUUCAACCACAUCAUACAUAUCAUACAUCUCAAUGUAUACCUACAUAAACACUUUCCACUAUACUAUGGGCCGGGCCCAAUUUUAAGGCCCGGCCCAGGCCCGGGGCCCAACGUUUAGGCCCGGCCCGUUUUCAAUUUUCUCUCAGGCCGGCCCGGCCCGGUCAGAAAAUUCCUAGGCCCGGCCCGGCCCGUUUUAAAAAAUUUUAAAAAUUUUAAAACUUAAUAACUAAACGGAAAUUUGGCUUUAAAUUGUUUUUUUAGAACAUUUAUGGAUCAUAGAACCCAAUAAAAUCAAAAAACAUCAACGGGGAUUAAAAUAAAAAUUUUUUUUUCGGGCCGGGCCUAACCUUUGGGCCCGGCCCGUUUCAAUUUUAGCUCAAGGCCGGCCCUAGACGGCCCAUUUCUCACCCCUACCCUACCCUACCCUACUCUACUCUGCCCUAUACUUUACAGUACUUCACUCACAGUAUUCUUUCACUGCAGUACCUGACUGUACCGUGCUCUUCAGUACAUUACCUUACAGUGGCUUACUUUACUUUAUCCUACAUUGAUAAUUAUGAUUACACUUUUGUUUUAGCAACCCGGCCAAGCCCCAGUAGAGAUGGGUCAAUUCCUGUGGUGUGUUGACAAUUGUGCUAUGAAAGCCCUGGAAGGCGGUAACAGAGGAAGGAGGAACUCUGCUAAUUGCGCUGUUAAAUUACAGUAAGAUAUUAUUACAAGGGAUUUUUAAGCCUAAGUCUAAUUUUAAGCUUAGGUCUAAAACUAACCUUGUUCAACCUAAAGCCUAAGCCGAAAGCCUAAGCCGAAAGCCUAAGCCUAAACUUAAGCCUUAACUUAAGCCUAAAAAACUUUAAGUUUAAGCCUAAGCCUAAGCCUAAGCCUAAGCCUAAGCCUAAGCCUAAGCCUAAGCCUAAGCCUAAGCCUAAGCCUAAGCCUAAGUCUAAGCCUAAGUCUAAGCCUAAGCCUAAGCUACAGCCGAAGCCGAAGCCUAAGAAUAAGCUUAAGCCUAAUGGGUUUUAUGUUAUAUCACAAAACUUUUAGGUGCGCGCUAGCCCCACCAGACCAAAAGAUUCAAAGCACGUUCGAACAAUGCGAAAAGGAGCUUCAUUUGUCAUCGGAACAAAGGUUCAAGUCAUCGUGCGAGUGUUUGAAGGGCGCUGGGGUCAAAAUUACUUGUCCUAAGUAA